AAACAUGUUGAUUCCUGUUUUUAUCUCCAGGCUGCGGUUAUGCUGAAACUAGGACUCACCUGUGUGCUAUCAGCAGAAAGCAGAGUUCACUUGUUACAAUGUUAUUACAAUGUAGCCCACUAGCAGCAACUCUCUGUGUGUCUUAUUUUACAUUCUGAUUUAGAACUCCAGCUCUUAGGUUAAUUUGUGUAUUACUGAAGUUUGGAUUCCCCUAGGGCAUAUACUGAAAUUCUAUUGGAGGGAGGAAACAAGUCCCGCCCACUCCGGUUGGACCUGAAUGCAACAACACAGGAGUGGGACAAAAAAAGCUUGUUGUUUCUUCUUCUUCUUGUUUAGGAAUGAAAGUAAAAGUGAUUGUGGUGCCAGCUUGAUAAUGUCCAACUACUUUCUCAUGGUCUUGGUGAGUAAAUGUUUUGAUGAACCAUGCCCACUGAUUUUGGUACAAAAUCCUUGGAAGAAGUUCCUUCUCCUUGCACAUCUGCAGCUAACCCAACAAAUGCAGAAGUCACUUGUGCUAAAGCAUCUUCAAGUGUGUGUCAGGCUACAGCAGCUGUGAACAGUGGUGACAGGUUACCUGCUGAUGGUGAAGAUAAGGAUGAAUCAUUCACUGAGACUCAGCUGGAGAACACAGACGAGACUCCUGAUGAGACGAAGUGGAUCCGUCCUGAUUUGCCCAGGAGGUGUACUUGGAAGCUGGCUGCACCCAUGUCAGAGUCGCCUCAUAGCCACUCAGCACGCACCAAGCCCUCUGGCAUCCUCUCCAGCAUCCUUGAGAAAAUUGGACACACACCUCUGGUUCGCUUGAACAAAAUCCCAAAAGAGUUUGGGCUCAAGUGUGAUAUCUUGGCCAAGUGUGAGUUCUUCAAUCCAGGAGGCAGUGUGAAAGACAGGAUCGCCCUGCGCAUGGUGGAGGACGCCGAGAGAGCCGGGGUCCUUAAACCAGGAGACACCAUUAUCGAGCCCACCUCUGGAAACACGGGUAUUGGCCUCGCCCUCAUAGCUGCAGUAAAAGGCUACCAUUGCAUCAUUGUGAUGCCUGAGAAGAUGAGCAUGGAGAAGGUGCAUGUCCUGAGAGCUCUCGGGGCAGAAAUUGUCCGCACACCCACAGCUGCAGCUUUUGAUUCACCAGAGUCUCAUAUAUGUACGGCCUGGCGUCUGAAGAACGAGAUCCCCAACUCGCACAUCCUCAACCAGUAUGGCAAUGCAAGCAACCCCCUGGCUCACUACGACACCACGGCUGAGGAGAUACUGGAGCAGUGUGAUGGUCAGUUGGACAUGUUGGUGGCUGGAGUCAGCACAGGCGGCACGCUCACUGGUGUUGCUCGAAAGUUAAAGGAAAGAUGUCCAAAUGUCAAAGUAGUCGGUGUGGAUCCUGAAGGCUCUGUUCUGGAAGGCUCAGAAGGGAAGAAUAAAAAGUUUCCAUUUGAAGUGGAGGGAAUCGGCCUUGACUUCAUCCCCACAGUACUGGACAGAUCUAUUGUGGAUGUUUGGUACAAAUCAACCGACACAGAAACGUUCCUUAUGUCCCGCAAACUGAUCAGAGAGGAGGGUCUUUUGUGCGGUGGAAGCUCUGGCUCAGCGAUGGCAGCAGCUGUGAAGAUGGCUGAGCAGCUGGAGGAGGGGCAGCGCUGUGUGGUCAUCCUGCCUGACUCUGUCCGCAACUACAUGUCAAAGUUCCUGACGGAUCAGUGGAUGUGUGAGAAAGGCUUCCUCUGCUUGGACGCUCAAAUGGACCCAAAACCCUGGUGGUGGAACCGGACUGUUCAGAGUCUACACCUGUCUGCCCCCCUCACUGUCACACAUUCUGUGUCCUGCCAGGAAACCAUUGAGAUCCUAAAGGAGAACUCACUGGAUCAGGCACCAGUCGUCACUGAGUCAGGGGCCAUCCUGGGAAUAGUGACUCUGGAAACCAUUCUGUCCUCUCUGUUGGCGGGGAAGGUUGAACUUUCAGCGGCUGUUAGCGCGGUGCUCCUCAAAGCCUUCAAACAGGUGCACCUGACAGACGACCUGGGGAAGCUUUCCCAUAUCCUCAAAACUGAUAACUUUGCCCUGGUGGUUCACAAUCAAACGCAAUGUGAGAAAAUCCAUUUCCUAAAUAGUGUUUAUGCAGAACAUUUAUGUGCAGAUCACUUUUAUAAUCAGCUGUUUAUUGCAUGGUUGAUAAAUGUCAUUCACAAAGCUGCGAGGGCUCCACUUUUUUGACUGACUAAUGGACCAAAACCAAAGAUGCUGAAUCACAGUCACACAAAAGAGACCCAGAGGCUGGAUUAAUCAACUGUUAAAUAAGUGAAUUAUUAGCCCCCCCCUAAAAAAAGCUGAUAUUUUAUUCACAAUAGAACUGAUUUUAAAUUUGAUGUCUGAAUGAAGUUGGGACACGGCCGUGUUCGACACUGUGUAACAUCCCCUCUUCUUUUAACUGCAGUUCUGGCUUUCCUUUGUUGUUUUCCUUCGUGAUGCUGCCAUCAAAGUCAACAUUUAACGCUUUAAACAUUGUAUUAUUAUUGUAACGGUGUGUCUCAGUUUAAAGAUCUGAUAUAUUUUCUAUAUUGUAAAUAAAAUACGUGUUUAUGAGAUUAGCAGAUCUGUGUCCAUCAGCAGUUUUGUGCCUCUGUGCAGACGGGGUCGAUGGGUCGGCCCUCCAGAGGCAGAUUUUAUUUGCCGUCGUGACAUCGAUUGACCUUCUCUCCUACAUCACCACACACGAGGGGCAGGACUGCAACCAUCAAAGUCAGGCAGUGUAACCCAGUGACUGUGUCCUGUUUAACGUGGAUUUUACUCUCUUCUCACUGAGACACAGCAAACAAUCACCUACAGUGUCACCGAAAUUAUAAGACAUACAGUAGCAGAGAGGACAGAGAAGUUGUAAUUAUAUUUAUAGCUGUUGUUGUUGUUGUUGUUGUUUUUUGGGAUUUGUUGACAGUUGAAGCAAAAUAGAAAAUAACAUUAUCUUUUUUUAACGUUAAUCCUUUCAGUGUUGUUACAAGUAAUCUGAGUGUAUUCACCUUGCAGCUUUUAAUUCUGUAUGAGGGACUUUACCAUCAUCUUUCUGGAGCUUUUUGACUCUUUUCUCCGACUUGUGCAAAAUGAAUUUGUUCUCUUCACCAUCACUAAUGCAGCGACUGGCUUAGGUCUGAUAUCUACAUUUAAUCUUUGAAUGGUGGAAAGCAGGCCUACAGUCUCAUUUCUUACAGAAUAGUUCAGUGUUUAUAUUCUUUGCAUUUUACUCCUACUAUUAAAGACUUGAGCCAUACGGAAAGUGUGCGGCCUUACAGAUUCUGGUUUGUUUUGCUUUUCUGUGACAUGUUUUUAUUAAUUUGCUGUAUUUCCUCUUAGCUAGCAGGUACCUAGAAACCUUCAAACCAGGUACCUGCAAACAGAAAGUGAUGAUAAAUUCAGCUCACUGUUUUACUUACUUACUUGUUAAGCUUAGUUAUAAGCUUGUUGCACAAAAAAUGCUUUUGCAGUGUAAUUAAAGUGAACAGAGCUUCAAGGUUGUCCAACUUUUCUCUUUAACUAAGUUUACGGCACAGCUCAUAAAACAGGGUUUGUGAUCUGGUGUUGCUGCUUUCUACAUUUUACUUCGUUUAAAGGAGGAAACAACCUCAGUUUAACGUUUCAAACUUUUUUUUGUUUUGGCUAAAUUGUCACUUGUGGCGUUGUUAUUGAGGGUAAGGGCUUGCAUUUCAAGCUUACAUUAAAUACUGUGAGGACACCUGAUUAUCUGCUUGUCAAGUUGCACUGUGGGAAAUGUAGGCAUCAUGCAGUAAAACGACAAAGGUAUCGGCUUCUUCUGCAGAGAUACUUGGAGGCCUUUUCCGCUGUUUAUACAGUGCUAUUAGCAUGUAAUGAUAAAGUAGAGAAGUUACACUUAUUUUAUUAAUUAUUUUUUUCAUUUGCUGCUCAAACAUUAGUUCAAAUGUCUUAGAACAAAGUAGAAAAGGGACAAUGUCAGAUUUUGUUUUAUUCAUUUUCUCAUUUUUUAAAGUCCUUCUUGUGCUCCAAAACAUGUUUGAGGAUGUUUCUAUUCUACUGCUUAAUCUGACACUAGAUUUCAUUUUUGUCUAUAGUCAAUUUAAAUAGAAGACAUGCAUAAAUACUGGCAUGUGCUUUUUUUUUUAAUUGAGCAUUUCUCUCACUUCUGUGCAUAAACCUAAUUUUACUCACUGCUCUGCGUUGAAGUGUAAUGACUCACUAAACCACAGGGAGGGAGUAUUGGCACAGGUAGACCAGCUGUGCAGCUCUCUCAGUUCCUCCUGGACACACACAGAUUGUAGGAGCGUCAUCCUUCUGACCUUCAGCCAGUAAUGUCAAUAAUUCAAGGUGUAACAAGGUGUAACUUAAUGCCCUGCCUUGGAUUUAAUAAACUAUCUUGACAACAAUUAAAGCUGAGACCAAAUGGCAGCUUUUUAAAAUUGUUUUUAUUGUAUUUAAUUUUUAUUUUUGUUUUGAAAGCUUUUAUUGUACAUAGAUAAAAGUGCAAAAAGACCCAAAUAAGAAGGAAAUGACAUGAAAGUCAUGUCUGAAUGCUGAUUUAAAACAAAAAGAUGCAAAAGUGGAUAAAGGAACAUGCCGUAUUUAAACUUUCUACUUAUUGUUGACUUUUUUUUUCUGCAAAGCUUUUAUUUUUCUCAGCCGUGUUUUUUCCAGCAGCGAGUCUGGUCAAAGAGAAAUGUGCUGAAAGUCUGCUGCUUCCUUCCUUCAUUCUCACCUGUCGUUGUCAAGGAGCACAUCACAUUUAAAAAGCAACACACUGUGAUGUAUCUGUCAUGUCACUGCACCAUUAUUUCCUGUCUUGUAAAAGACUUCGUUUUUAAACUAACAAGGUGACCCUCACAUCAAAAUGACCAUUAACACCAUCACUCUAAAGAGCCAAGCUAGUCAUUGCACAACCAAUAUCAGAGCAGAUGGAAAACCACUGUCACACUCUCCCUGACUGUCCUCUGCACAUCACAGCCUCGCCUGAUCUGUCAUCACCAGCAGGCAGAGGCAGUAUCCCAUGAUGACGCUGGUCUCUUUCUGUCAUUAACACCAGGCUGUAUCCAUGUGCUUACACGUUGAUUUCCAGAAACUCCAACUGGAUUAAGUGACCCCCUGAGUGUAGAAAAGCCUUCUAAAGCAGCUUUUAACAAUAUUUUGUAGGUUAAAAUGACAUGGAAAGUGGUUUUUCAUGGUAAAAGACACAUAAUUUAAACUUCUUAUCAUCAAGCAUAAGGAAUAAAACCACAUACUUUGACUUUAGUAAGUUAUAGUGCCAGAGGCACACAGACAGACGGGCUUUCACACUUCCAUUUCCUUGUUUUAAAUCUCUUCAAUCUUUAAAGCCCUGCUGAGUUUCUUUACCCACUCUAACAUAACACUACUGCAUGCCGAUGUGGGUCUAUUUAGUUUGGAAAGAUGGUUGUUUAGAUCCGGCUGGUUUUUGACGUAAAGAGAAAAUGAAACCAUUUUCAGAAUCAACAGGUUAUCCAAAGUGCUGCAGAUUGCUGCCAGUGUGUGACUGGCGACUAAAAACAGUCGGCGCAUUCGAAAAUUAAGCAUGACGCACUUCCAGCUCAGGUCCACUCUGUCUUUCAAUGCUUCUUUUGCCUGCUGGGAUAAUUGCAGAAUUGGAGGUUAAUUAUUUGCCCUGGGCCUGCAGGCUUGAAGCUACUAAUCAGGAAGGGCGUGUUUGAAGUCACAAAACAGACUUUUAAAAGCAAUCCAAGUUUUAAUUUUACACCACAGACAGAGGGGAGCUCUGGAACACUUAAAUGACCUUAAACGCAGAACCUGACUUAGUACAAUACAUCUGUAGAGAGAGUUUGCAGUUUACUUUUCAAGGCUAUUACAAUAUGCCUUAAUUUUAGGGGAGCGAGACCAAUAAGCUAAAAGACAAAAAAUGAAUAUUGAGCAAAAAAGGAGUUCAGCUUAUUGCUGAGGCCCUCCAGUUCUCAUGUGGCCCCUUGGGAAAAUUAGUAAUCCACUAUAUCCAGCUAGUACGUUUACCUUCUUUGACUUUUUUCUGACAUGGCUCUUUAUUGAAUAAUAAUAAUAAUGACAGAAAUUACAAAGCCUCCUUUUAUAAUUCCUAAUAGUUUAAAAAGGUCUUAGUAAAUUAAAAUGAAUAGACGUGUUCACUGCCAGACUUACAUCUAUGCAUAAAAUACAAAUUAGCCUGCUAGCUUAGCAUAGCACUUAGACCAAGCAGCACCCGAAGCCAAAGUCGGAUGCCAAAAACAAUGAAUCCUUGAGGAGGCUGGCUUAAAAAGCCAGUCAAUAAAAGAUGGAUGCAACCAACCUGGCUUGAGAUUGAUAAGUUGUUAUCCAAAUACCAUAACUUACAAAACUGACCACAUUUUCCAUUUAAUAUCAACAAAGUUUCUAUAAACUAGAGUUCAUGCUUAC